AUGUUUUCAUUCAGAGUUAUCCGGUCCCUAUGUAAUAAUAACCAUAUAUUUCAUAGACAAAUUAGACUUGAAGCUUUAUCAUUUAGACGUCGAAACCGUUUUUUUUCUUCGGAGAAUAAAAGUGGAAUUUCUAAGCUAAAAAUUUUGCUAGAUGAAGAAAAGCGUCCAACUUUCAAGGACGCAAAUCCUCAGAGUGCCAAGGAAACUUCCCAGCCGACAAUAAGUCAUCCUUCUGAUCAGGGUAACGACAAAAAUUCUGAAACGAUCAAAGUAAGCAGCACAGCAACCGAAGAGUACGAUCAAUUUCUAUUGAAUUUCUCUAAUGAAACCGAACCGUUGAAACCUGUGGCGAAAGAAGAAGAAGAAGACACCCUACUAAACUUGAUCAAAACUUCGAAAGAAAAACAAAAACCAACAUCUACACAAAAAAGUUCAAAUGCAGAUGUGGCAAAAUUAUUAUCGGAUUUUCUUUUACCAUCGGAAGAAUUAUAUCGAAUUCAUAUCCAUGCAUCCUAUAACAAUACCAUAGUAACAUUGACAAAUUCGAGAAAAGAUGUACUGAUAACCACCUCGGGUGGUAUUGUUGGAUUUAAAAAAGCUCAGAGAGGAGGCUAUGAAGCUGCUCAUCGAGCUGCCGUUGGGCUGAUUGAAAAGAUCAAGGAUAAAAGGAUUAAUGUUAGAAAUGUUGAAAUUUUAGUUAACG